GUUGUAGGAAAGAGCGACUUUGGUAUCUUUCGCAUCCAGCGUCGCGGCCGACAAGCGAUUGUGCAUCGCAUCGCCAUCGCCUUCGCAUCGCACCAUGUCGACCCUCAAUCCCAACGCCGGUCCCGAGGAGACGGAGGACGAGCUGAUCUUCCAACAAACAAUCCUGGAGUCGAUGGAUCCCACGGACAGCAGCGAGCGUAGACAAGAGGUGGAACUGGCCAUCCUGGAGCUAGAAAGACGCAUGGCUCGUUUUGAAGAUGCCGCCGCUGCGCCUGUCUCGUCGCAGGCAGACAGUCACCCUUCCGCUUCGUAUAAUGCGCCCGGCGCGUACCCUCAAUCCGAUAGCGACAUGGACGCCGACCAAGAGUUUCCCGCCUUUGGCAGCUCAGCCGCUCUACCUACACCAAGCAGAGGCAGCCAACUCAAGAGAAGUCGUGACCAGAUGUCGCCCUUGUCCGGCUUUGACAGCAACAAGAGACUGGCGUCUACCCACAUGGGCCCACCGAGUCAGCAGCCGCUCAUCCAGGAUCGCCGCGCCGCCUACCUAGAAAGACAGCGUCAGAUCGAAGAGCAAGCCCGCCGCAGAAGAGAGUCAGUCGCAGCAGACGCCGAACUUGCCUCGAGGUUGAGCCAACACGCUUCUUCGCCCAUGGCUGGCCCGUCUCGCAACAACCACUAUGGCCAACCCGACAUGUCGCCCAGUAAAAUGGCCCCAGUCUUCAGACCUCCCGCUUACCGAUCCAACAACAACACCCCGUCCCAGGCCCACACCCCUGCUCCAUACCCCGCCCCAAGUCAACCAUACGUCAAGGCCGAAGCCCACCCGUCGCGACCCGUCAAGGCAGAGUCAUUUCAGCAUGCCGCCCCCACAACCAGCCGGUUCGGUACUCCGAUGGUGAUAGACUUGACUGGUGACGACGAACCCGAGUCCCAACAUGCUCGAAUCCAAAGAAUGAGAGUGAACCCUGCUGAAGAAUUGCGCCGUCGUCAUCUAUGGGAACAGAACAAUGCCACCAGCCUUCAACAUAGGGCAGAGAUCAUCAGACGCCAGCAACAACAGCUCGCUCUCCUCCAACAGCAAGAUUCGACCCGUCAGGCUGAGAUUGCUCUACAGAGCUCGACGAAUCUCGAUCGCCAUCAGUAUGAACAAAGGCAACGAGAGCGUCUCCAGCAAUGGCAGCAGCAGGUCGCCGCUCUACAAACUUACAAUGCUCAAAACCCACAUCAUCCUCGUCAGCUUCCAAAUCAUGUACCAUAUACUCAGGUCGUACCACGUGCUGCUCAAAAUGACAUGGCCCAACUAGGUGGCCUUAUCAAUGGGCGAGGCAGAGCUAUGAGCUUCGACUCGACAGAAGAUGAUUUGCAGUUCCUACGUUCAACCCCCAUUGCCCGGCGAGACGUACCGGUCUGGGAUGAUUACGAUGUCGACAGCGUUAACACCAAGGAGGAACUCCGUAAGCUGAUGGAGAACAUUCAACCAGAUGAUACUUCCAAGAUUGCCAAUGAAGAGGACGUCCCAGUUGAGGGCCUCGUCAUCAAGCUGAAGCCAUACCAAUACGCUGGCCUGGAGUGGCUACAGAAGAUGGAGAAUGGCUCGAACAAAGGCGGCAUUCUUGCAGAUGACAUGGGUCUGGGCAAGACUGUACAAGCAAUCUCCCUCAUAGUCACGAAUCGGUCAGAGGAUCCUCUUGACAAGACGACUCUCAUCCUUGCACCUGUUGCUCUUCUGCGUCAGUGGGAACAGGAGAUUAUGACAAAGGUGAAGCCUGGUAGACACAGGCUCCAUACCUUCAUCCAUCACGCAGGCACUAAAAAGAAGACUCACAGAGACCUGCGCGAGUUUGAUGUUGUUCUAACAACUUUCGGUACAAUUGCCGCCGAGCUGAAGAAAAUGGAGAAGUAUGAGCUGCGCAAAAAAGUUGAUCCUAUGGCUCAGCCUAGAGACGACGAGAAAUGCAUGUUCAUUGGUCCGGACUGUAGGUGGUACCGAAUUAUCAUCGAUGAAGCGCAGUGCAUCAAGAACAAGACUACCAAGACUGCCAGAGCUGCUUUCAAUCUGCAAGCUCGCUCUCGAUUCUGCAUGACUGGAACUCCUAUGAUGAACAGUGUUGAGGAGCUUUACUCUCUCAUUCACUUCCUGCGUAUCAGACCUUACAACAACUGGCAAAAUUUCAGGACGGACUUCAACCAGCCUCUGAAGGGUAGCAGCGAACGAGGCCGCGAGUUGGCAAUGCAGAAGCUACAAGCACUGCUCAAGGCAAUUCUCCUCCGUCGCAACAAGAAGACUGAAAUCAACGGUCGACCCAUUCUCAAUCUGCCAGAGAGACGAGUGGAGGAGACCAAUCCUGAUUUCAGUGAAGACGAACGCAACAUCUACGUCGCACUCGAGACCAGCUCCGCGGUCAAGUUCAACAAGUAUCUCAAAGCUGGCACCGUCAGCAAUUCCUACAUGCAGAUCCUGGUCUUGCUUCUUCGUCUGCGUCAAGCUUGUUGUCAUCCCAAUCUUAUCAAGGAUCUCGGAAUUGUCGCUGCUACCGCCGAGAUUACACAACAGGCAAUGGACGACAUUUGCAGAAAUCUCGAUCCGAAUGUUAUUACUCGCAUCAAGGAAGCGAACGGUACAUUCGAGUGCCCUGUUUGUUAUGAUGCGGUCGAGAACCCUGCCAUCUUCACUCCUUGCGGACAUGACACUUGCCCAGACUGCUUUUCCAGAAUUGCCGACCCUUCUAAUGCGCUUGCUGAAGGUGAUGAAGGACGCACAGCGAAGUGCCCUGAGUGUCGUGGGCCCAUCAACACAAAGAAGGUCAUUGAUUACGAGUGCUUCAAGCGCAUCCAUAUGCCUGAGGAAAUGCAAGAUGAGCCUGCUGAUGCAGAGACCAACGCUGAUGGCGAAGACAUGGCUGCAGUCGACACCGAUGACGACACUGAAGACGAAGAAGACUCGGACGACGACACAGACUCACUUGACGGCUUCAUCGUCGAAGACGGUGCCGAAGAGGAGAACGACGAAGAAGCAGCUGAACGCCGACAGAAAGCCGCCCUCAAGAAGUCCAUCAAGAAGAAAGCAUCCAAGAAACUGAGCAAGAAAGCUCAAGGCAAACUCAAGGAAUCCAGCACGUCAGACAAGAAGAAGAAAGCCAUGACAAUGACCAUUCCCGAGCUCAAGAAAAUGGCCAUCCGCAAACCUUCCUGGCGUAAGAUCUAUUUGCGCAUGCUGAAGAAGGACUUCAAGCCUUCAUCCAAGAUUGAACGCACAAUGGAGAUUCUCAAUACCAUCAUGACCGCCCCAGAAGGAGAAAAAAUCAUCAUCUUCUCCCAAUGGACAUCCCUUCUCGACCUCUUGGAGGUGCCAGUGCAUGAAAAGGGAUGGGGAUACCGCCGCUACGACGGCAGCAUGAAUGCCAAACUCCGCUCCGACGCCGUGGACGACUUCAAAUCCCUGCCCAACGUCCGCAUGAUGCUCGUUUCCCUGAAAGCAGGAAACGCAGGUCUAAACCUCAACUGUGCAAGUCAAGUCAUCCUGCUCGAUCCCUUCUGGAACCCUUAUAUCGAGGAACAAGCCAUUGACCGUGCUCAUCGUCUUGGUCAGACUCGACCAGUCAUGGUACAUAGAGUUCUUGUAAAGGAAACUGUAGAGGAUAGAAUUAUUGCCUUGCAGGAGAAGAAGAGAGCGUUGAUUUCAGAGGCGCUUGAUGAAAAGGCGUCGCAAAGUUUGGGACGGCUCAGUGUGCAGGAGUUGGCGUAUCUGUUCGGUAUCUCGAGGGAGGUACCUGGUGGUGGGAAUGCGGGAGCAGGACCGAGGGCUAGGAUCCGUCAGGCUGGUCCUGGUGGUGUUGGUAUGGGUGCGUGAGAUGAGGAAUGUCGGGUAUGGUGUUUAUACUGGGGAAGGUAAAGAAGAAGGAUGUAUAAUGAUGGUGUUGUUGAUGGGUGCUUUAUGGGCACACCUUGGUAUGAAAGUUUCCUGGGUGUGUUGGCUGUUUAGAAACAUGGGUUAUGAUGGGUUAUGGCUUUUUUCUUUUUCACUUUUCUGUUCUUUUUUCCUUUCCUCCUUCUUCCAUUGUUACUAAAUACCUUUCACUCGUACAUGACUUUACUUCUUUUGUAAAAAACCCCCUUUUAUAUACAUAAUUACUGCUUAUAAUUGCUAGAACAAACAUUGCUAAAUUUUUUCAAUUACUGUUAAUAUAACCCU